CCUACGACUAAUUCUUCCGUCCGGAUUAUCGGCGAACGAAGCACCAUGAAGCCGCGAAGAAACCGUCCGAGUUGUUUCGCGGUCUGUUGUCUAGUGUCGAUCGGCUGUUUCAAUGGUUUCGUCGCGACAGUGAGCCCGAUUACGUUUGCCAAGGACUCGGAAGAUCGAUGGAAAUUCUUCGAAGAGAACGUGCCCGUGGACGAGAGGGUGCGAGGAUCGAGUGCCGCACAGUUGCCAGCCGAGCCCGAGUGGAUCGCUUCUAGCCGGAGUCCAAGGAUUCCGUUGUUUAUCGACUCGACACGGGAUACUGUGCUUUUUUCCACGGAUAAAUGCAGCAGGUAUUGCAUUGCAAAUGGGAUUAACCGGGACGAAGAUAAUUUCCAUUACAUCAACAUCUUUUGGUCGAGCAACAUCGCCGCAUCUGAGAAUCCGGCCGGAAGAGGCGACUCGCAAUUAUCCGCGACGGAGAGCGACAAAUGGGCGGCGAACAACGUUCCCAGAAAAUGUCAGAUAUACCUUGACCUGGAUUGUGACGCCGAGGCGGGUACUAGCGCGAAUUCCAUGAGAACGGAAGCAUUCUCGGCCGCGCGCAACGAAGGCAACCCUAAUAGGCCCGACGAACCUACUUUCCAGAUACCAGUGAGCGUGUCGAGAAGACGCGAUCUGAGCGGAGAGACGCGGACGAAAUUCUUGGUCGAAGACAGGGCCGAUCGGGUCGUCGUGAACGUGGAGGGGAACGUAUCGAACGCUGUGCUUCGCAUUCCGAUGAACGUGACAGUGCCAUGGCUCGGCACCGUGGUGUCUUGGACGCGCAGGGGUGAAACGGACGGGGUGAGAAUCGACACGAACAACGCGCCGCCUGGCGAGUGGUGGAUAAAGCUCACGGGGGAGGAUAAUUCGAAGUACCAUUUCACCGCGGAAGCUUUCCCACGGCCAACUGAUAGCACGACGAUCGAGGAAUCGUUUGUCCAGGAUCCAUGGAUCUCCGGCACCGUGAACAGAUUACCAUUCACCGAAUAUCGAGCGAAAACUAAGGAGGAUGAUUUCGUAAUGUUGGACGAAAGUAUAAACGCCGGGGCAUUCUACGCGAAGACAAGAGCAUUAGAAGAUUCAGACGUAAGAAUCGAUUCUAAAUCGGUCAGUGACGAGAAGGUAACGCGCGAACGAUCUUUGGAGCACGCUAACGAGACGACGCUGGAAAAUGUUAAUGGAAAUGAUGCGCCGAGAUCUUCUAUCCCUAGAAACAGUAACUACAUUGACGUCGCUAUAUUUACCGAUAACGAGAACAUAACUGAUGAAAAACUGUCGACACGGGAGCAGCAGCAUGGAAUUGGUGCGAGAUCCUCGAUUCCAUUGACCGAAAAUAUUGAUGUCAAUAUCAGGAAGGAAAUUAACAAUGGUAACUCGCAUAUGAAAAUGGUAGGAACUUCGGAGAAUCAAGAAUUAUUCGAAGAGUUGGUGAAUUACAAUAACGAGGACACUAUCCAGGAGCGAAAGAUGCUCAUAGAAGUGAAUAGAAAUUCUAACUUGAUAGCUGCGCCAGGAACAGUGCACAGAGUUGUUUUCGAUGUAAUGAAUAAUUGCGUUCUUCCUGUUAGAUACGGGUUCAGAGCAAAGAGUACACCGUUCAGAUUGUACAAUGUUGUGCCGAUGUAUGCGUGGAUAUAUCCUGGCCAAAUGAGCAAAGUGGCGGUAGAUAUAAUUAUACCUGAUAAUACUUCACCCGAUACUGCCAGCACUGUUACAUUGUCUAUUCAAGGUACCGAAAUAAAGGAAAAAUCAGCAUACGUAUAUGUGCAGGGUUCGCUAUCAAAGUUAACGGAUGAUGCGAAGCCAAAAAUCGAGUAUACUUUCAAUAACAACUGUGCUGGGAAAUUGGAUAAGAGCCAAUGCUCCAAAACUCGUUGGAGCAUGGACCUUCGAAUUCAGGACUACGAUUCAGGUUUGAAACGUAUAAUUUCAUCAGCAAACGAAGUUUACCCACGUACAGAAUUUAUUAGUGGUACAAGAACUCUUGUAACGUUUUUCUACUCUGCUACUUGUUGUGACACAACAACUAAAAUAACAGCAGUGGACUUACUGGACAAUUAUAACACUGUUACAAUUGAUGUUACUGAGUGGAAUAAUCUAACUGAAGCACAAGUAGCAGCUAUUUCUAUGGGAGCGUUGCUUGCUUUGUUACUCAUUAUUCUUAUCAUUAUAUUAAUAAUAUGUUGCAUUCGUAGGAGAAAAAGUUUGGAUUUGCCUUAUUCACAAAGAUAUGGAUCUAGACCACCCGGACAGGCUGAGAGAACAAAUUUAUAAUUUAUUAUUUACUUUAUUAAGCCAAACAAACUUAAAUGUGCAAUAUAUGCAUAUUCGCGAAAAUUGACAUAAAUUGUUUUUGUAUCGCAUAUAUCAAGAAAUGUACAUAAAAGAACUCGUCCAUAAAUUUUGUACUGUAAUUAAUAUUAUGUUUGUAAAAUAUGCUAACUCUCUCUAAUCCUAAGCACAUUACAUCUUAAGAGAGUGUACUACAAAAUAAAAAAUAUAUUCUUCAUUA